AUGACUAACAUCCACGACACCUCUCGCCCUAUCCGCGAGCGUAUGGAGGCCUUGAUCAGAUUGAAACAAAAGGAAAUCACCGACGGCCUUGCUGCAUUGGACACCAAAUCUUUUCACACUGACUGCUGGACCAGAGGUGAGAACGGCGGCGGAGGUCAGUCGAUGGUUUUGCAAGAAGGAACUACUUUCGAGAAAGGUGGUGUCAACAUUUCGGUUGUGCACGGCACCUUGCCUCCUCAGGCUGUAUCGAGAAUGAGAGCAGAUCACAAGAAUUUGAAGGGAAGCGCCGACGGUUCUGUGGGUUUCUUCGCCUGCGGUUUGUCCAUGGUGAUCCACCCACAUAACCCACACGCCCCAACCACUCACUUGAACUAUAGAUACUUUGAAACAAUCGACCCAGAGACCAAAGAGGUUGCCGCAUGGUGGUUUGGAGGUGGAUGCGAUUUGACACCUUCUUACUUGUACGAAGAAGAUGCUCGCCAUUUCCACCAGGUGCACAAGGAUGCUUUAGACAAGUACGACACUAAGUUGUACCCAGAAUGGAAGAAAUGGUGCGACAACUACUUCUACAUUCAACACAGAAACGAGACCCGUGGUGUGGGUGGCAUCUUUUUUGAUGAUUUCGACAGCAAAUCCCCAGACGAAAUCUUGCACAUUGUGGAGGCGUGCUUUGAUGCGUUCUUGCCUUCGUAUAUCCCAUUGGUGGAGAAGCGUAAGGACCAAGAAUUUACCGAGGAACAAAAG